AUGUCUACGAAGUUGUAUAAUACACAUGUUCCGCUAACUCCGAUUUCGAAAGUUUUGAUGGGAAUUGGAAGUGCGGCUGCGGCGAUCACAGAUCCGAGAAGAGGUGAGUAGUUUUGGGGGAAUUUAGAAAAUGUUGAAGGAAAAUCAGAAAAAAAUCAAAUUAAAAAAAAGUCAAGGGAAUUUUUUAUGAUUCAAGAUUUGUUUAGUUUGGAAAAAAAUCUAUGGAAUUGUGAAUUUUCUUGUCAAUAUCAAAAUAGAACCUCUUUUCGAAAAAAAAAACAUGGCAUGUAUUUUACCGGAAAAUAUACGUUUCCAAAAAUUUGUUAUAUGAUUCAAUAAUUUUUGGAGUGAAAUAGAAUAACAAUCAAAUUCAUCAAAAAUUUCAAGUUUUUUGAUCAAAAAAUGACUCGUGGCAAAAUUAGGAAGGCUUCCUAAUUUUGCCAUGGAUCAAGUCAUCGAUAAAUUUUUCAAAAAAAAACUUAUUUAAUUUUUUUUUCGUAUCGAAUAUACUCGAAAGAUGUUAAGAAUAAGAAUCACAAUCAAAUUCAUCAAAAAUUUCAAGUUUUUUUAUCAAAAAUUGACUCGUGGCAAAAUUAGGAAGGCUUCCUAAUUUUGCCAUGGAUCAAGUCAUCGAUAAAUUUUUCAAAAAAAAACUUAUUUAAUUUUUUUUUCGUAUCGAAUAUACUCGAAAGAUGUUAAGAAUGAGAAUUACAACAAAAAGAUGUUGAAAAUGGACUGUGAAUAGAAAAUGCAUAAUUUUAUCCAUAGAUCGAGAAAUUUUUGUUAAGGCAAAUGAUUGCUCAAAAAAGAGGUUGAUAAAUUUUUGAAAAUUGCUAGCAGCUUCUCAAAAAUUUCUGAUUUUUCCAGGCGACAUGGUUGCCGCAAUGGGCGAAACCACCGCAAUCUCUCCAAUCCUCGAAAAUCUUCGGAAACGCAUGGAAUCCGAUGUGACUGGUCGAAAAUUGCUCCAAAAUAAGCCACGAAUCUCGAAUGAGACUAUAAAUCGCGAAUAUUUAUCGAGUUUGCCGGAAAAUACGUUGGGCAAAAAAUAUGCGCAGUGAGUUGGGCAAUGAUUUUUGAAUGACCUAAAAUAUAUACCUAGGUUUCUGGACACGUUGAAAACGUCGCCAGAUGCUCGACCAGCUGUAAAAUAUAUCGAUAAUUUGGAACAUUUAUAUGUUAUGCAGAGGUUUGAGGAUCUUGAAUUUUUGAAUGUUUCAAAAUUUCCAGAUAUCGAGAAACGCACGAUUUCACACAUAUUGCACUUGAACAAAAAACGAAUAUGUUGGGCGAAGUCACUGUGAAAUAUUUCGAAGCUAUUCAAUUUGGACUUCCGAUGUGUAUUAGUGGAGGAAUAUUUGGAGCCGCCAGAUUGUUGACAAAGUUUGUGAUGGGAUUAAUCUCAUCGAAAAUUUAGGAAGGGGAGAGAAAACAGGAAAUUUGGUCACUCGUUUAGAAAUCGAGCUAUGACUUGGAAUUUUUCAAAAAGUGUUUUGUUAGAACUAAAAAUUUAGGCUUUCUUAAGUUGUGAACUCAUAAUUUUUUACCCGGAAAAAAUCCCCAACUUUUUUUUUUUCAGAAAUCGCCGUGAGUUACUGGAAAUCAAUCUUCCUUGGGUCAUCGAACAGGCUCAAAAUGCUCGAUUCUUUUUGGCUUUCGAUUGGGAAAAUCAUUUUGACAAAAGUCUCGAAAGCAUACAAAAAGAAUUGAAUAUUAAACCAUUGUGA